UUUAUCGGUUUAGAUGAAAUAAAAUUAUGUCUAAUUCUAUUCAAUAGGGGCUUUAACCCGGUACCCUGCAAUUCACAAGGAUCAAUCAAGUAUGAAAAGGCAGUCAAGCCUUUACCAAAAUUAACAAAAAACGUUUAUGACAGAAGUAAUGAGCGACCAACAACAUCAAAAUAUCGAGAACAUCAACGGAAACUUGAUCGAAAUCAAAAUUUUCUUCAACGAAGAGAAGAUACUUCGAAUCAUUAUUCUACAUGUGUUGCAACUGGAUCCCAAAAUAAUAGCAUUAAUAAAAUAAAUAGAUUUUUUAAUGAGCAACCUUGCAAUACUAAAUUAAAAAAGAUACGGAACGGUUUGAAAUUAAAGAUAAUUGUUCAUAAGCUAUAUCUAGAAGACUAUAAAUGUCCGACAUUUUCGAGCUUUAAUGUCACUCGCUUACCUUUGCCUUGCAAACCGAGCAAUUUGGUUGAACGAAUUUUCGAAGCUGAUCCAUCCUUAACCGAAUCUUGCUUGAUAGUGAUAAAACAAAAGUUCGAAAGCAGCAUAUACAAUGUUUGCUCGUGUCUCAACAGCGUUCUCGAAAAAUUAAAUAUGAAGCUGAUAAAAAUGUUAUGUCUCAAUUGUGAAAUAUAUCCUGGAUAUAUUAGUUUCAAGUUAAAAGCUAGCAAUAUCAAAAAAUGUUUCUUUGUCGCGAGAGUACCGAUUUGUCAGAAUGUCUGCAAAAGUACGAUUCAACAAGAUUACUCUAUUUUGUCCUCUAAAGCAAAUUCAAAUUCAAGUACUGAAAUUAACGAAUCCAAAUGUUUUGAUCAAUAUGAAGACAAUGGUGUGAAUUUUAAUGAUACACUUAAGCGUGUUGAUGAUGAAACUGAAAAGUUUGACACACGCUGUUCACAAUUGGAUCAAAGCUUCAUAAAAGAUGAAAUGGCGAUAGAUAUGUUGCAAAACGAGACAGAAAAUAACAAUGAGAAAAAGAUUACAUCCAUUACUGAAAAUGUUUCGAAAUAUGUUCAAAACCUUGCGAACUCCUCUUGUAAUAAUUCUUGCAAAGAUAUUAUUGAAGACAUAUCUAACAUGACGUUGUGCGUUGAUAAUUCUGAAGAAAGAAAUGGAGAAUAUUAUAAAGUUUUGAGUUCAACAGAAAUCAAUUGUGAGGACGAUGUGGAAAAAUGUAAAAAACGAAUUCUUGAGUCGAGUAAUUCUAUUACAAAGACUGACACGUCCGUACAAUUAGUAAACAAUGGAAAUUGCAUGUGUUUAUCGCGUGAAAACUUUAUCGAAACAAACGAUGAAAUAGAAAACAUUUUUAGUAACAAAGAUUUGGACAGUUUUUCACAGACUACAGACACCAACGAACACAAUUGGAUUUGUUCAUCGAAUAACAAAUCGAAUCUAGAAAAUGAAGUUUGUAAUAUUAACACGUGCACCAGUAUUACGUCAUUCGCACAAAAUUCCGAGUAUGACAAACAAUUAGUAGAAUUAAAUUAUAAUCAUUUCUCAAACAAUAAUAUUGAUGCGAUCGAUGAACGCUUUGAUACGCAAGAAAAUGAUAAGUCAUUAAAUUCGACAAAAGUGGAAAUUGGAUGUAACUCGUGUUCUUGUCAACCUGAUAAUUUUAUAGACAUCACAGUCAUUGAUGAUAUUUCUAAAGAAAAUAUUGUUUAUGCUUUUGAAACAUCUCAGGAUAAUUUUGAUGCAGUGAAAGCUCCAAGUACGAGCUGUUCCGAGACGGUACAGACAUCACCUAGAAACAACAAUUUGUUAACGAUUUCCGUUCAAGAGCCUAGAUCUAGAUCAAUGAUAUUAUCGGAAGGAAUCAAUGUGGAUACAUGUUGUUCACGAACAGUUUGGUUGACAUCUGACGAUGAUAAAAAUAUAUCCAUUGAAACAAGCGAUAAAUGCAAUGAAAUAGCUAAUCUUUCUACUCAUGCUUUAAUUAUUUCUAAGAAAGAAAAUAAAGUUCUUCUUAAUACAAAUAAGAAAAUUUUCUAUGUGAAAGAUGGAGCGCAAAAUUUUAUUACAUCGCCGAAAAGAUUUUCCACAUCGAAGGAAAGAUUCCGAUCCAACGAAGACUCAAGAAGUUCCGGUAUCUCGACAGGAGAGAGAGAAUGUCUACGCGUGGGAAAUCACUCGACGUGUGCGACAUCCAAUGCAUCGCUAUACUAUCGGUCGUUCGUAACGACAAGUGAAUUCACGAUGAACAAUAAACAAGAUGAAUUCCAAAAAUCUAAUAAAUCGAAAAAACUGUCGAAGCUUCGCGGACGCGGAUACGUAAAGUCACGGAACGGUAUUCGUAAAGUAACUUCGACAACGAUCAAACACAGGACAACAUCUCGCAGAUAUCUAAAUGAUUAUCCUACGGAAAUGCGACCACAAACGAUACUCGCGAUGACAAAGUUUCGCAAUUCCGUCGACAAGUCUGUCGACAGAAUAAAGCGUAUGAUUCGCGCAAAGCUAGGAAGGAUAUUGUUUAACAAUAAAAUAAAUAAUAACAAAAAAAUAACCAAAACUUUUUGGAGAAAUGAAGAAUCUUCUGAAGAUACUAGAUGGAAGAAAACAAAUGGCAAACGUAUGAGACAGGGUUACAGCAUAACUUCAUGCUCGACUUGUGACUGUUGUGGACAAGGCUAUACCAUAUCUUCUCGCGAAUCUUCGAAUGUGAUUUUAUCAAUUCGUAGAACAAAGAGAAAAAGAAGAAGUGCAGAAAAUAUAGAGUUUCGCGACCAUAAAUUGACUGAUGGUAGUAAGGCUUUGUUAAGCUUUCGCUCGAUCAAAACUUCUCCAUGGUCUUAUGAUUUGCUAACUUCUACAACCGAAGAUAUGGAAAAGCAGCAAUUAAAUAAAAACAAUCGAUAUGAUAGAAAGAAAAAAAUUAGAAACGUUAUAAACUGCAAUAGAAACUCCCAUCGAUGCGACUUGAAACAUUCUGGAACAAGUAUAACGAUUUCUUCACAAUCGACCAAAGUAUCUUUCACGUGUAAACGGCAAAAAGAGAUAUGUGAUAAUAAGCGCAUUUGUGAGAGAGUGCAUAAUCAAGACCAACUUGAAAAUGAACAAGUACGGCAUGAAUAUGGACAAUAUGGGAACAAAAACAAAUAUCGAGGUGUAUAUGUCGGUAGUAAUGAAUCUUUAAAAACAUCAUUAUCACACUCUUGGAGAGGAAAUGCCAGAAAUGUACAUCAACAAUUUAAUAGUAUAUCGCAAGUAAGAAAUGUAAAGAGAUUUGGAUCUACAAGGAAGAAUCGACAAAUAUUUGAGAAAGAUGUGUCCGAUCGUUCCGAUGAUAGUCUACAAUCCAAUGAUAGUCUACGCAAGAAACAUAUCUUUUCGAUUUUAACCGAUGCCUAUAACGAUUAUAUGGAUGAUCUCGACCUAGACUUCAAGUUGAGAUUGUUGAGAUACGUGGAACUUUGCAAGAGUGUCAAACGUUCGUUGAUGAAAACAUUACGACCAGACGACAUUUAUGAAAUUAGCACGGCAUCGGUACUUGAUAGCGAUUUGUGAGAGAGUUUGAUUGAUUGUAAUGUUGAUAAUCUCUCAUCGAUGAAAUAAUAUCGUUAAUAUGUCGCGUAAUGAUAUAUUCAAUGUUGAUAGCAUAUACUUUAGCCAACGUUAAAGUUAUUAAAAUUCCGUUUGUUUCACGUCCCUUUCUAUGAAUUUCUUUUUAUAAAAAUCGAAAAUAAUAAUAAUAGUUGU